CUCCUUCCUUCCCCUCUCUCUGUGCAUCCAACUCAUUUUCUUUUCCUUUCCUUCUGAGACUAGCACAAGCAAACUCUUUUUUUCUUCUCUCAUCCCCUUUCUAGUUUUCACUUUUCAAGAGCCACCCAAAAAAUUUGAAUUGGAAGAACAACAGAAAAUCCAGAGAAAAAUCAUGUCUUCCCCAAGCAAACGCAGAGAGAUGGACUUGAUGAAACUGAUGAUGAGUGAUUACAAAGUGGAGAUGAUAAAUGAUGGGAUGCAGGAGUUCUAUGUUCAUUUCCAUGGACCCAGUGAGAGUCCUUAUCUUGGUGGUGUUUGGAAAAUAAGGGUUGAACUUCCAGAUGCUUAUCCCUAUAAAUCACCAUCCAUUGGCUUUGUUAAUAAAAUUUACCAUCCAAAUGUUGAUGAGAUGUCAGGAUCAGUUUGUUUAGAUGUUAUCAAUCAGACUUGGAGCCCCAUGUUUGAUCUGGUAAAUGUCUUUGAAGUGUUUCUCCCUCAACUUCUUUUGUACCCUAACCCAUCGGACCCAUUGAACGGGGAGGCGGCUGCUUUGAUGAUGCGAGACCGCACUGCAUAUGAACAAAAAGUUAAAGAAUACUGUGAGAAAUAUGCCAAAGCCGAAGAUGUUGGAGCUGUCCCAGAAGAGAUGUCCAGUGAUGAAGAGUUGAGCGAAAACGAAUAUGAUUCAAGCGAUGAGGCAGUUGCAGGCCCAGUAGAUCCUUAACCUCUGUUAACCGCUCCUAUUUCCUUAACAGGCUGUCUCUGUACAUUAUGUUGUUAUUAUAUCCAAAAAACAAGUAGAACUUCACAUCAAACUAUUUAUUGGGGAGGGGUGAAAAAAAGACCCUAUCCUCUUAUUAAUUUCAUGUUGAUGUAAAUAGAUUUGCUUUUCGGUUCCUGCAUUUGCUUGCCCAUGGUGUGAUCAAGAAAAUGUUCACCUAAA